UGAUGACAAUCUAGUGUAUCUAAAUGACUUCAAAUUAUUUAGACAAGAUCGGUGUAGUUCCAGGAAGAAACGCUGUGGCGGUGUCGCCAUCUUCAUUAAUUCACACUGGUGUACGUCUAAUAAUGUAUGUUUCAAAUUCUCUAGUGACAAUAUUGACUGCCUCACCGUUAAGUGUCGACCUAAACACUUGUCAUAAUAUAACUACAUUUACAUCUCGAAGAUUUAUAUUGCUCCUGGAUGCAAUUCCACAGAAUUGUCAUUAUUUGUGGAUGAAUUUACCUCGCUUGCUGCCACCUCCUUCGGAAAUUCCUUGUCUAUAGUUACUGGAGAUUUCAAUUCUAGUGAUCACAGCGUCCUAAUUUCACUUGGACACGAUCACAUUGUCAACUUCUCGACUCAACUGCAUGAUUCUCUUGAACUUGUUUUUGCAAAUGAGUCCCACUACUGAAUUCUGAAAACUGUAUCAUAAGAAUAUUGCCCAAAGUAUAUGGAAAGCAGCACAAAAGGGUCUUCUCAUACCUUGGAAAGAAAACACAACACUGAUGUUAUUCUCAUGAC